UAUACAUCCCUUGCCAUUUCCAUGUGACAAAGACUAUGGGCUUUUCAAAUACAUUCCUGCUCGAAUUCAAGGAAAGACUGAUACAGACCAAGUCGUUAACAUGUCACGCUGGAGAGCGACAUAGAUGAGGAAGAGCCAGAUGAGAUGAUGACCACGCUCGGUAGAGUAGCCUAUUCAUUCGUUUAUUCUGCGCGCUCGAUUGGUCCAGAAUACUCUACUGUACGGUGAGGGAGUGAAUGCCGACUUGAGAGAUAUUUUUUGAGAAGCUCAUCGGAAACUAUCUUCCUCCAUUUUUUAACAAGAACGUCGUAAAUUGUACAAUUCUUGAAAUAGUUCGAACCUUAGAAUUACGCCCGCGUGAUUGUCUGGUGACAGACAAGUCACUCCAUCAAGGAGGUGCUGUAACGGUUGUCCCUGAAAGAGAUUCCCUAAAAACGGUUUUUUGCUGGACAAUUCUAACCGAAGGAGGUUGGCUCAAGGAGGAGGACACACAAUAGCGCGCCGCGAAAUUAACCGCGUGGCUAACAAAAGAAAACAGCCCUGGCUUUUGACACUUUCGCGGUUUACAGAAAUUCAAGUAUUCAGCAAGACCCCUUUGUCAACCCAUGAGAAAAUAGUGGAUUCGCUUUUUAGGUGUGCAUGUGAAGCUGGCUGCUGUGGAACUGAGCAAGGAAUACUCCACGGAAGAUGAGGAAAAGCAGAAGUGUGCUGACAGUGUCUCCCAAUGACGACAAUAAAAAGCCCACAGACUGUGUUUUCAGUGAGUAUUCCUGCACGCUGGGUGUCGACCUACGCCGGGGAUGCAGGCGUUUCUCCGGGAACCUGCAGCUGCCCCCGUUGUCGUGGCGACAGGCCGAGAGGUCGCGAACCCCUGACAAUGACUGGGUGGUCCGGCCCACCUCCCUCCCCUUCUGCAUCCCACCCCGCAUCGACAUUACGCCGGUUGACCCGGAGUGGUGAGCACACACACACAUAUGCAGGCACAUACACACUCAACUUUUCUCCAUUAUAUUCCAGACUAAACUCCUCUGCUGAUAAUAUAGAUCGAUUAGAACCCCAAAAAGACUGACUGUACCAUUUCAUAUAAUAACUCCCAUCAUCACCAUUUCUUACACUGGAAUUGCCCACUGAUAUACCUAUUAUGGCUCCUUCUGGCCCAAUUACGUUACGUAUCUACUUAUAUAAUAAGUGGAUGGAGCCUCUGAGGAUUACUGUACUUUUGCUGCCAGUCUCCAGCCCUUAGAGAAUUACCAUAACUGUGGGCUAUCUGCUGUGAAAGCUAUUGAAGUGUGAACCCCAUUGAGACCACGGAAGUGAAGGCUGGAUGGACUAUUCUCUAUGGGA